ACUAUAACACAAAGCAAAGAGAAACUCUCACAAGACUCCCAGGAACUAACAAAUCUCUCUAAAAGCUUCUGUGUGCGUGAGAGAGAGAGAAGGACGGGGAGGAGGGAGAGAGAGUAGGGCUGGCCGGGUUACGGGUGGCAUUGAGUCGACUCGGCGGAGGGAAUCGGCGGAGGAAGGUGAGGAUUAAGGUGAUGGAGUGGUGGCGGAAAAUGAUUUUCCCUGUUAGAAGAGUCUGGUGUGCUUUUACUGCUCGUGUCAAGACUCGCAAAAAUGGUGGCGGGCUUCUGAAACUCCGCGAUGACAUCCAAACUUGUGGGUACGAGGAUGUGCAGAUAAUGUGGAAUAUGUUGAGAACAGAAACAGAAAUCAUGUCUCGCCAUGACAAGCGCAAGAAUCGAUGCUUUUGGAGGAAUUUCGUGGGUUUGAACCCCGGUGAAGCCUCGUCCUUCACAAGUCAUACUCAAUAAGGACUAUUAUUUGCGUGGUUCACUUACUACAACAAUAACGCCGUCGUCUGAUAUGAAGUUGUGCAGAAAGUUUACAUAUCUAAUGUUCUUAUGGAAAUGGUAUGAGAAAACUUUGGAUCUUGAAAUGACUUGUCGACAAUGAAGUCAUUUGUAAAUAUUCACGAUGUUUUAUCAUGAUCCUUAAACUACUCUUAUUCUGUCAUAAAUAAAAAGUCUGAUGAGCCAAUUUAACUCAUUGCCAGUA